AGAGAUACACAAGGAGGUUCGAGACUCCGAGAGAACCUUACUGUAAAAAGGCGAUACAAGUCAGUGCCUCACCAGACAUCAGCGAAGGAAGAUGUGCCGCUCUGCCACUGGGGAGUCGCCCUCACGUGGACAAACUUUCAACAUACCACCAGGAUCUCUGACAUUCACAGUUUAGCGCGAGUGUUGGAGCGCAGAAGCAAGACAGUCAUGGUAGUCCCUGAUAGGACACUGUAGUGCCGCCUGGUGAGGGCAUCCCUGAGGAGAGUUGAAGUCCUUUCUUGAGUAAGGCUGUGCUUGGCGCCAAGUCUCUAGUCACCACCACCACCAACCAACCAUCACUGCUAUCAAUCGCUACCACCACCACCACUGCUGCCAAUCGCCGCCACUGCUUCAGCCUUCCACCACGGUCACUGCUACCACUACCGCUGCUAAACUUAUCUUACAUGAAGGGUGGGGGCGUGCGGGCGCGGUGGGCGUGGUGCGGCUCCUCGCGGGCUGUCUUUCUUCUGCUGGCCAUCCUCUCCCUGCUCUCCAUCCUGCUCUCCUGCCACCUCACGUCCCUCCAGGGCGGCGGGACAGGGCGCGGAUCACCAUGGGGAGUCAAAGUUCCCCCUCAGCGCGGCAUCCUGUCCAGGGGAACGCCGAAGGUAAAGAUGGAUCUUGGCACGGCGACACUCACGCCUCCCCUUCUGGCACUACUGACCAAGCUGGAGACGAAGUACUUCGAAGCGGUGCGGGUCUCCCCUCCCACGGUGCUGCUGAGAGGCCAGAAGCUGCUGGUGACCCGCGACCUGCCUACGUAUACCCGUGCCAUUCACCACCUGCACGCCUACACGCCCGCACACACCCCAACCCUCCGUCUUCUGGACACCACCGUCACUCGUGUGAGGAUGGUGGGCGUGAAUGGCUCUGUCUACUAUGCUCAUGAAGAUGAGGCUUGCCGCGGGGGCCAAGUGACGGCUCACGAGUGGCGGGUGUUGGCGUGUUUCACAUACACUGACGGAGACUCUUCGGCGUGUCUGCCCCGGAAGCUGUUCCCGGCACUCAGGCUCCACCAGAAGCAUCCCCCGUCCAGGCUCGGUGCGGGCCAGGUGGUGCAGCUACAUUGGGGGCCGCCACUGGAAGUGUUGGGCGCAGCAGUGGCUGUGCGGUUCUACCUGUUGAUCACUUCCCUGCAGCCCCUGAGAGUACACCUGCACUCCCACGCUGAAGUGACCUUCCGCCUACCCGCUCACCGAGGCUAUAGCAAGAUUCCAGGGAGAGCUUGGACGUUUGCAGCUUUGGCGGCUUGGGUGGGACAAGAGGGCGGGAAAGAGGCAGUGCAGGCCCUGGUCACCCACACUGAAACUCUCCUGACCUCCCUCGCCCUGAUCGCUGAUCUGUUGCUGCCCGCCAAGGUGAACGCCUUUAGGAAGCACCCCCGCCGAUACAGGUGUGAAGGAUGCUAUCAUCUACUGGGAGUCGACCUGGUCUAUAACUCCACUUUCCAUCCGACCAUUGUUGAGGUGGAUGGUCAGCCAGAUCUCUCACCACCCACACCAGCACAUCCAGUCCUUGCAGCUGGUCGGGAGCGAGUGGCGGGUAAUGUCCUUACCUUGUUGACGAGGGAAAAGAAGGUGGCGGAACACGUGCAGGAGGCGCUGGUGGAGGCUGCUGAUAAUGUGGGGGUGAUAGGAGUAGAUUGCCUCAUCUCCCACGAACUGUGCCUCACACCGGCAGAUCUUGAGUACCUCCUAGAAACCCGAAGAGAAAACGAAGAUUAUGAAGCAUGGGAAAACGGAAUGUAUAAGGGCCAACAAUUACUAAACAUAAUAAACUCCAGUACGUCAGAAACAGACGCAGAAGGCGAAAAUAGAGGAGAAAAAUGGGACGAUAAAAGAAGAAAUGAAGAUAUAAAGGACAAAGGAAUAACUAAGCAGGAUGAUAAUGGGUAUCUGAAGAAGAAUGGCGAGAAGGAUGACGGUAAAUCAACGAGCAGUGACGGGGAUAUGAGAGGUCAAAGUCACGGAUUUGUGAUGAUCUAUCCAUCACCCGCGGGUCAUUUGUAUGACCAGGUGAUCCGCGACCUCUACCAGGCCCUCUCCAGCAACACCAGCUACGCAAUCGCCCCUUCAUCUUAUCUCCUUGCGGAAAGUUGGAGACACAUGACCCGUGACCUCCAUGGGUUGGUAACGUUGCUGGAGGCUUUCUUCAGACCCCUGCCGCCUGGUGUUUCUCCACUCCUCGCCAGCCUGGACCUGCAGGAGACGGACGCAGUGCAGCAAAAGUGGGUGCAGCAGCAGCAGGAGGGCAAGCAUCACUGCAUGGAUGACCCUGCCACCGCACCUUACCUACAGAAGAUCACGCUCGUGCCUGAAGUGCCUCUUAGCCCGUCCUUCACGCCUCUGGUCACCUCCUACUGGGGCCAGGUGGAGUACGAGAGCAUCACGAUUCAAGUAGCUGGGGUGGCGCUUCACUGUCAGGCUGAAGCAAGACUGGACGAUAAGUUUGGACCAUCAACACUUGUCAACUACACCCUGGGUCUCGGAGAAAACCGGGUUGUGGUGGCAGUGGUGGAGAUAGGACACUCAGAGCCUUGGACACUCAACACAUACACCCUCCACCUGACGCGCCUUCCUCCGCCACCACCCUCUCCACAGGCCAAUCCCGCACUUCCCACCAUGCCUCGGGAAGUGUGUGCCCUGCGCCAGGAGUGUGAGCUAAGGAUUCUACCCUCUGAGCCUUGUGGUCUUACUAGAGAGUCUGCUCACGCAUCAUGGAGUGCUUUCCUUAGCCAGCGCCAAGACCUACCCUUCUGUACGAAUGGAGAUGCCCAUGGGCGGUGGGUGGUGCCUUGUAUCUCGUGUGAGAGGCGCAGCGGAUGUGACUGGGCGGAGACAAUGUGGCAGCCUUUCACCUGCACCUACCACGAAUUCAACACUCACGUCCUCCAGCGAUGUCUUAAGGGAAAGACGCUGGUGUUCGUUGGGGAUAGCACCAACAGGGGAAUGCUUUACACCCUGCUGGAGUGGGUGAAUGGCACACUUUCUACAUGGGACAAAACACACGACCUACGGCUGGUGCGGGGCGCUAAUGGAGGAGACACCACCUUUGCCUUCGCUUACUACCCAAGAUUCUGGCUGCCCUCCAACAAACGUCCAGCUUUUGACGACACCCUUAACCAGCUCUUGCAGAGGGUGCGGCCGUUGACGAACUCCUCGGACACGGUGGUGGUGGUUGGUGGCGUUCACUGGCUAGCGGCGCAGCAUCUCCACAUGCUGACAGCGACUCUGCAGAGGGAGGGUUUGGAGGGAGCGUUGGUGGUAGUGAAGACUGCAGGGGCAGGCUUCCAUGUGGCUGCUCCUGGGGUACACACCGUGUCUAAGAAAGACCACGCCAGGCUGCUGCAGCACUCCCUCUAUCUAGCCUCAGUGGCACACGCCCAGGGCUACCUCGUACUUGAUACCUUCAACAUGACAGCCGCUAGGUACCAACACUUUCUGCAGGGAAAAUGUGCCUGCCACUUCCAUAAGGUAGUGCCUCGGCGGGGCAUGGGCGGGGACACUGAGUAUCACGUCGAGGGAGAGAUUAAUGCCGUAUACACCAACAUCCUUGCCAACACCAUCUGUCCCCACCACCUGCCUGCAAGAUGAGGGUGUGAGGAAGGAAGGUGCGGUGUGUACAGCGGGAUACACGAUGCGGAGUGGACGAGGACUGGCUGGCUUGAUGUGACGUCAAGGAUACAAGACGCGAUGCAUUGUGAGGAAAAACAAGUGCUUGGUGAGCUAUUCUUAUGACCUUUCAUCCUUGAAGGAGAGUCUGUCAGCGUAUCCUUCGUGAUUGAUGAUUGUUUUGAGAAUGGAGGUAGGGAAAUUUUUGUACGUUUCUGUCUGUGCAAACAGUAAGGUCACUGAUGACGUUGCUUUGUAGAGAGAAACAACAAAACAGAGAUAGAAUGAAACGGAUUUUUGUAGCUAAGGUUGUGUGUGGUUUUUAAAUCAGCUACGGCAGGCGGUGAAUCUCCAUAAAGGAUAGUUUUGGUGGAUUUAAGUAGCGCUUCCCUAGUUAGAUAAUCGUAGCAAAGUAUUUUCAUCUAUAAUAUGUGAAUAUGCGGAAUCCGGAACGUGUCCUUUGCUCUUCUUUUUCCUUCUUACAUUGCUAUUGAUUAAAGAGCUUCAAAGGAUUUUAAAGAAUAAAGAACGCUUUAUUCGCAUGACAGACCAAUUUGGUGAUAACAGAAUUGCUGUGGAGUAGGUGCAUAAGCAAGAGACCGAUACACUGACACAGACUAUUAACACUGAUCACUUGUGGGCUAGUGAGCUACAUCUACUUCUAGUGUUGAAAUAGGCAUACAGUUUAACACAGAGGAAAGCAAGCUGUCACUCAGAAUAGUUGAGUUUGAAAGUCUCUUAUUACCUGGAACAUAUGAGGAAUAAUCUUUCUAAGGCCAUGCAAAAUGUAAUAAUUCUGUGUUUCGUGCAUUAAAAAUAAUUACUUCCUAGGCAGGUACCAGUUUUUUCCUUAUACAGACAGACAAGUUAGUCUAGUCAACAAUAAACUGUAUAUAUAGAUACACAUAAGCUCAGGAAGGUUAUGUAUUAAAUUUCCUUGUUUCAUCGCUAAUAAAUAUCCAUCCAUCGCAUAUUAUUAUUAUUAUUAUUAUUAUUAUUAUUAUUAUUAUUAUUAUUAUUAUGAUGAUGAUGAUGAUGAUGAUGAUGAUGAUGACGAAAAUGAGUGUGUGUCUGGGUGGGCAUGUACUGUGGUAGCGUGCAUGUUAUGAUUUCCAAAAGAGAGAG